UAUGUUCAAACGAGUAGCCGUUAUCUUCGCGCCAAAACUCCGACCCCACAACCUCUCCUUCCCGGGGUUCAAAUUUCUCGCGCACCAACUCCUCCACUCCCUCCUCCAACGAUGCCACUCCAUGAACCACCUCAAGCAGCUCCACGCGCACCUCAUCGUCGCCGCCAUCCUCGACGAAACCCUAACCCUAGCCCAGCUCAUCUCCUUUUGCUCCCUCUCCCCCACCGGCGACCUCCGCUACAGCUGCAAACGCCUCGAACACGCACCCAACCCCAAUAAAUUCAUGAGCAAUAGCUUAAUCAGAGGCUACACCAAUCAACAUAGCCCUAAAGAAGCCCUCUUUUUGUGACAUCGAAUGCUUAGUCGGGGCCUCUCGCUCAAUCAAUUCACCCUUCCCUUCGUUCUCAAGUCAUGUGCCGAAGCUUUGGCAUUAGAAGGAGUACUAGUGAUUCAUGGUAUGAUUGUAAAACUCGGAUUCGAGUCGCAAAUCUUCGUUAUGAAUGCUCUCCUCCAUGUUUACUCAUCUUGUGGGCCAAUUUGGUUUGCCCGCAAGGUGUUCGACGAAAUUCCCAGUAAAAACGUAGUGUCUUGGAACUCUAUGAUUAGUGGGUAUUCUCAAUUGGGUGAUUGUGAAGAAGUAUUUUCCCUAUUUAAAAUGAUGAGAGAAGGUGGUUUGGUAGCUGAUGAAUUCACAUUGGUUGUUCUUUUAUCUGCGUGCUUGCAAGCAGAUAAUUUUGAAUUGGGUAGGUUUGUACAUCACUAUAUAGAGGUUUCCCAGGCUAAAUUUGAUCUGAUUGUGGGGAAUGCAUUGGUAGAUAUGUAUGGAAAGUGUGGUGCAUUGCUUAUGGCGCAAAGAUGUUUCGACAUGAUGGUUUGAAGAAUGUGGUUUUGUGGACAUCGAUGGUAUGUGCACAUGCGAAACAUGGUUCGAUUGAAGUGGCUAGGUAUCUGUUCGAUCGAAUGGCGGAAAGGAACAAAGUAUCGUGAAAUGCCAUGAUCUCUUGCUAUGUCCAAAAUGGGCUUUCUCAUGAAGCCUUGGAUCUUUACAACCAGAUGCGUGCUUCAAAGAUAAUGCUGGAUCAGGUAACUCUUAUCUCUGUUCUUAUGGCUUGCGCCCAAAAUGGCAAUUUGGUAUUUGGAAAGAAUAUUCACAAUCAAAUUAGAGAUAAUAUUGAACAACCCUCUAUUGCUCUAUUUAACUUGCUUAUAGACAUGUAUGCGAAAUGUGGUCCAAUAGAAAUUGCUUUAGAUCUUGAUGCCUAGUAAAAGCGCAGUCUCACUGAAUGUGAUAAUGUGGGCCUUAGCAAUUCAUGGCCGGGCAUUUGAUGCUGUUGAUUUCUUUAACCAAAUGAUCGAAGAGGGCUUUUUACCGGAUGGGAUCACUUUCAUUAGUUUGUUGUAGUCAUUGUGGUUUAGUGGAAAUUGGACAAUCUUAUUUUGAAACUAUGAACAUUGUUUAUAAUGUUCCAUAUGAAAUUGAACAUUAUACUUGCAUGGUUAAUCUUCUUGGGAGGGGAGGCCUGAUUCAACGAGCCGUGGAGUUAAUUAAAAGUAUGCCAAUGAAGCCCGAUAUGUGAUAUGGGGUGCAUUGCUUGGGGCUUGUAGAAUUCAUAGAUAUACGAGGAUUGGGGAGCAGGUGAUGAAAGAUCUACUGAGUUUGGAAUUGAAUGGUGGAGGAUUACAUGUUUUGAUUUCAAAUAUGUAUUGUGAGACCCACAGGUGGGAGAAGAUGAAGACACUAAGGAGAUUCAUGAGAGAGAAGGGGAUAAAGAAAGAUGCAAGAGUUAGUUCCAUUGAGAUAAAUAACAUUCUAUAUGAGUUUUUAGUAGAAGACAUGAGACAUGAAAGCUCAAGUGAUAUAUACUUUGUUCUAUCCCAGUUAAUAGAUCAUUUGCUGUUUGUAGAGCAUCUUACAGUUUCACCAGAAGCACUUUUGGAUGUCGGAUAGUGAGGGAAAAUCACUUAUAUGUCAGCUGGGCUUUUCGCAAUGUUCCUGGUAUAUGUCCUCAUACUGCACUUGGGCAGAAAUUAAGCUUAAACACAAAAUAUCAAGAAAGCAGAACGGCCCAAAAGUAAAUGAAGACCAAAUGUCAUAAAAUGGAGCCAUCGAACUAUGUUUACUUUGAAGAGAUGCAGUUGAGAAACCUUCAGAGUCUUCAAGAUUCGUGGUCCUAAGACUAGAAUCGGUCGAAGCUUGUUUUGUGUUCCUAAGGCUAGAAUAGGUGGAAGCAUGGUACUUUAUUGGCAGUGACUUUGGUGAUAACACCAAAGACUACAGGGAUAGAGGUCGAUUUCAUCUCAUCCAUGACAAUGAGAGUGAAAACUUCUCUUUUCCAGUCGUUUUAUUCAAAAUUUCACUAUGUAAAAGUAAACACUACUUCGUCAAAUAAAUGGAAGAGAAAAACAAAGCCAAGCGACGUUCAAAAUUUUUUUUUUCAUGAGGAACACCUUGCAAUUGGCAGAAACUCAGAAUAGGAGGUGAAGCAAAGUCUGAACUGGAAAGGGAUCGGUACAAUAAGAUCACAUUGAGUCCUUAUGUAAUGUUUCUUUAUACUGUAGCUGCCACAUAAAGAUGCAUUAAGAUAACUAACUGUUUUAGCUGCUCUCGCAAGUCUCUUAUCAAAGAGGUGGCUACUACCACGAAGCCUAUCUUCAGGCCUUCACGGUACUCUGUUCUCCAGCAGGCCUUAAUAUAUAAAAGUGGCAGUGGUCUUAUAGCUGAUGCUGUACAGGUACUAAAAAUUGGACAAGGGAGGCUAAAACGAAAGUAGAUCUGAUAGCACAUAGCUUGAUAACUUGGAAAGGAAACAAACACAUCUUCGGCCGAGCUCACCAGAUCUGGGACCACUAGAGCAAUUUACUCCGAGAAGGGAACUGUGCGACACGCAAGAGCGAGAGAGAGAGAGAGAGAGAGAGAGAGUUUGGGAAGCGCGAGUGGCGAAGAAAUGGAGACGAAGACGACAAAGGGACGAAGCGGAAACCCUAGAUACGCGAUGUGGAUCGUCGUCGCCAUUGUUGUCGCCCUCGCCCCCCUCACCUCCUCCAUCGACGACAAAUGCGCCGCUUGCUACGCCGUCGCGGCCGAAAUAGAACUUGGACUCUCUAGUGAGAAGCCAAGAAAUCACUUAGACAUGCGCCACCGUUUGGAUUCCAAAGGUCAGCGUGAGGGUAAAGUAAUUGAUUACAGAGUUAGCGAACUAAGAGUUGUUGAGCUACUGGAUGGUCUCUGUGAAAAAAUGCAGGAUUAUACUUUAGAGAAGUUGGAAUCAGGUGAGCGAGCGUGGGUCAAAGUGAGAAACUGGGACAGUCUUAAAACUGAUAAGCAGGAAGCUCGUGCCUACUCAAAGGAUUUAUCCACAUUUUGUGGAAGAUUGUUGGAGGAAACUGAGGAUGAGCUGGCUGAGUGGAUCAAAAAGGGAUCUAUAGAAGCAGGCAGUGUUAGCAACGCUCUUUGCAAAGAUCUUAGCAAGCAUUGUCAAUUUCCAAGAGAUUCCAACGAGAUCGGUGAUGGAGAAUUGUGACAAUAAAUUGAGCAAAUUGCUAGAUUCUUUAUUGAAGGAACUCAAGAUGGGUUUGGCGGCUAUAAAUUAUGCCCCCUUUUUUUUGUUUUGUCACAAAUUGUUGAAACUCCUGGAUCUUAUUGAAACAUCCUUUCUGGUCCUGUGCAAUCUUGUGCAAUGACCCUUUUAUUUUAUAGGACUAAAAAGAUAUAAUCAUGUUUUUAUCAACUGUUGUGAAAGUUAAACAACACAACAGCUUAUGAUUAUCCUUAUACUAAGUUUAAGUU